UAUAUUGGUUAUGAUUUCAGUUGUUCUAUGUUUACUUCAUUGACUUUGACUUUUCAAUCCCUGACGGUGCUUUUGAUCCGUUCGAUGUAUCUAAUAGCCAAGCUUGACGUCUUUUGCCUGCCUCUUAAACUUUCCCAUAAAACUUCAAAACUAAAUCUGCUUGCCAUGCAUCGCAAUGGUUUAGUCCUAUAUAAUCAGCUGAUACUUCUUGUUGAGGAUGACAAAGUUGCUUUUUUUUUUUUCUUUUUUUGGUUGCGUCAUUGGCACUAUCAGAACACAAUUUAGAAACUAGAUAGAUAUAGUUAUGUUUUUGACAUGUCUUGCAUUAACUAAAUAUACGGUUUUGGGGUGGAAAAAUUAAUUCUGCUUCGAUUAAUCUUCUACAAAUGCAUUUAAAUCUCGUUGAUAUUGAAUGUAAUUCUGAUAAGAAAUAGCACGUCUGAUGUAUCUUGUGCCUUUGUACGAUGCAGCCUUGCGAUGCACUUGUUAGAAUUUAGGAUAAAUGAAGUGCUGUAAAUCCAAACCAUUAAUGAAGGCUUACAUUCUUCCAUGAUGAUUGAUCAUUAGAAAAGGACAUUGGAGUGAACAUUGAGAGCUGGUUCAAUAUUUAUAAAGAAAAACAGGAUGGAGCACCAUGCUGUAGAAAGAAAUGAGCCAGUUCGCAAUGUACCUGAGGAAGGUAUUAACAAUACAAUCAAGAAAGAUGAAGCAAGAAGGGAUGAUCAAUCAGUUCGUAAUGUAGCAGAGGAAGAUAUUAACAAUCCAAUUAAGACAGAUGAAGCAGGAACUGACGAUAAUCUAGUUUUUAAUUUACCAGAGGAGGCUACUAGCAAUCCAGUUGAGACAGGGGAAGUGAGAAUUGAUACACAAGUAGUUUUUUCUAAUGCUGAUGAAGGGGGAGAACUUUACGCUUCUGUCUCAAAUGAAGAGGCUGGGUCAGAGAUUUUGAGAAUCUCUUUGGUUGAACCAUCAAUUAGAUUUUUGAAGAAUAAGCUUCUUGUUCUUGACAUAAAUGGGCUGCUUGCUGACGUAGUUCUACCCCAACCAUUUGGCCACAAAGCAGAUGAUAUUAUUGCUGGGCGUGCAGUAUUCAAGAGACCAUUCUAUCUGGAGUUUCUGGAGUUUUGCUUUGAGAAUUUUGAAGUAGCUGUAUGGUCUUCAAGAAUGAAGAAAAAUGUGGAUAAAGUCAUCAACUGUUUGAUGGGUGACAUGAGACAUAAGCUACUUUUCUGUUGGGAUAGUUCUCAUUGUACUCCAACAAGUUUUAAAACUCUUGAAAAUAAGCACAAGCCUCUGGUUUUUAAGGAUCUGAGGAAAAUUUGGGACAAGCAUGAUCCUGAUCUUCCGUGGGAGAAGGGAUACUACAAUGAAUCGAAUACAUUGCUAUUGGAUGAUUCUCCUUACAAAGCGUUGCUGAACCCACCACACACCUCCAUCUUUCCUCAUACAUACACGUAUCAGAGCAAGUGCGAUAAUUCGUUAGGUAAUGGAGGUGAUCUGCGAGUAUAUUUGGAAGGUCUGGUGAAGGCUGGAAAUAUGGCAGAGUACAUUGAACAAAACCAUCAUGGUCAAGAACGUAUCACUGAAAGAAGUCCUUCUUGGAGCUUUUAUUUCCGGGUUAUUCAUAGUCUUUCUACAAGUCAAUUUGAAAAUAUGAGCAUGUCGACUUAAAAUUGAGUUAGCGGGCAAGAGCAGGGAAGUCAUUGGAAAGAGAAAUUGAGAGAGAGAGAGCUUUAUGUUUUUUUCCCUCAUCAACAGUUUCAUACUUGAUGUUUUCAUCAUUCAAGUUUCUUUCGAGAUGUCAGGUAUAUGGUACUAGCGAGCAGAGAUGUAUCAAGAUUUUUUGGCUAUUAAAAUCUGUCAUUGAACUUGAAUUAGGUUGUUGGCGAAAAGUAUGUCAUGAUUUACUGUGUCAC